AUUUAUUCAAAGAACACACAUUGAGCUCAAUCUUCGUACAAAAUUUUCGUUAAUGGCUUCUUUACAUGGUUCAAUCCCUGCGAUUCCUGCAAUUUGCUCACGCCCUUCUUCUUCGCUCUCUUCUAGUACUGCCACUUCGCUGCUGUUUCUCACCAGGCUACCGGAGACCGACCGAAAGAUCUCCGUAGACCGUUUAACUCGUCGGAAAUUGGUCUGCAGAGCAAUGGUCCAGCCGUCCGUUCAGGGAGCUCCGGCUGCUUACGCAAAGGAUAUGGAGAGGCUCUCCGCCAAGGAAUCGCUUAUUCUUGCUUUCAAAGAUUCUGGUGGUUUUGAAGCUUUAGUCACUGGAAAGACCACGGAUGUGCAGCAUAUUGAUGUGAAUGAAAGGAUAACUGAUCUUGAGCGGCUCAAUCCAACUCCUCGACCGACAACGUCACCGUUUUUGGAAGGUUUGUGGAAUUUCGAAUGGUUUGGGUCUGGAAGCCCUGGACUAUUUGCUGCUAGACUCAUAUUUCAGAGAUUUCCUUCAACUUUGGCUAAUUUAUCAAAAAUGGAUGCAUUGCUUAAGGAUGGAUAUGCGAAAAUCACAGCUAACAUGAAAAUACUGAACUCGAUAGAAAGCAAAUUUAUUCUGUCCACUAGGUUAACUGUGGAAGGACCUCUUAGAAUGAAAGAGGAAUAUGUGGAAGGGAUUCUUGAGACGCCUACAAUUAUUGAAGAUGCAGUACCUGAACAGGUAAAAGGUGCACUGGGUCAGGCUUUAAACACAGUGCAACAACUUCCUGUUCCUGUUAGGGAUGCCUUUGCCAGCGGUCUGAAAGUACCUCUAGCGGGGACUUUCCAGAGACUCUUCAUGAUUUCUUAUCUUGACGACGAGAUACUUAUAAUAAGGGACGCAGCAGGAGUGCCUGAAGUUCUUACGCGGUUCGAUACCCUGCCAUCUUCCAUGGCCGAACCAGAAACAGAGUACGAGAGUUGAAAACAUUAUUUAUUGUACAAGAUGAUGCCUUCAGUGCCAUAUCUUCCUUUUCGUUUGUUUGUAUGGAUCAAAUGCCCAAAGAUAUGAUGAACAUCACCUUGAGAUUAGUCGUUGUGGCCACGGAUUAAACAUUAUAAUUCCCAUGGAUUGACAGAGUUGUUGAAUGACAAAUAGAAAGCAAUUUAUCUGGA